AUGGCUUCCAUCCGCGUACUGUCGUUCGAUGCUGAGGGCCGCCCUGUGCGGUUCACCGCUUGGCUAGAUGACCUGCAGCUGUUCCUCCUGAGCGAUAGCAAGGAGCAUGUGUCGCUCUAUGACUACGCGUCUGGUGCUGCGCCUGCCCCUCCUGCCACAGCUGAGCUUAGUGUUCGUUCCCACUGGCAGACUCGUGACGCAGCUGCUCGCCUAGCCAUUCGCAGUCACCUGCCGUUAGCUGAGCUAGAGCAUUUUGGCGACUGCAAAUCCGCUAAGGCCCUGUACGACGCUGUCGUCGCUCGCUACUCCUCGCCUGCCACAGCCGAGCUUAGCCGCCUCAUGCUGCCGUACCUGUUCCCCGAUCUGUCCACCUUUACUACAGUCGCCGAUCUUAUCACCCACCUUCGCACUAGUGAUGCUCGCCUGCGUGCCGCCCUUCCCACCGAGUUCUGCGCUAAGAACCCCCCUCCACUGUACUGGACACUCCACUUCAUAGUCACCCGUCUCCCUGACACCCUCCGCUCAGUUCGAGACCACUUCCUUGCUCGCUGUCCCACUGAGCUCACAGUCGCCCUCCUAGAGGAGCACCUGCUCGCGGCCGAAAAGAGCAUUGUAGCUGUCGGUGCUGCUCGUGGCGCUCCUCGCACCCCCAUCUUUGAGGGGUGUUCUCCCUCUCCCCUCGCUCCCUCCUACGCUGCUGCUGCUGCUGUUGACUUCCUUGGUGCUGAUGCCCGCUGUUCUUAUGUCAUUCGCACAGGUGACCGCAAGGGACAGACGUGUGGGAGGUUCCACACCCCGUACCGCUGCUUCUCCCGCCUUGACGACGCUUGGCGUGAGGAGAUGGGUGCGGAUGUUGAGCGCCCCCGCUGGGCUGAGCUCAUGAGGGCUGGUGUUGAUGUCUUUGCUCUUGACUAUGAUGCUAUUAUUGCUGCCAUGUAUGCAUUGACUGUUAGUGCCGAGGGAGACUGUUACUUGUGUGUGCCGCCUGACCCAGGUAUAGAGCCUGCUGCCCUGGGUACUAGUGAGUCUGCUCUCUCUGGUAUGGUGCCCCCUGUACCUGCUCCCCCCAGUGCUGUCCCGGCUGGUUUCGAGUCUGCUCUCUCAGGUACAGCACCCACACAGACUCCUCUCUCAGGUACCGCACCGGCUGAGGCCUGUCACACCUUCACCCUUGACUCAGUCCACCACUGUCCUCCCUUGUCCGGCGGUUCCGUCUGGCUCGUUGUCGGGUUUCCACCUCCCCUCGUUCUCGACGAACCUGGUGAGCAACGCUGUCCUCCAGGAUCAGUGGGUUGA